AUGUCAGCGUAUUUGGCUUUCUACAAUGGAGUCCAGUUUACUGGGUAUAAAUUAAAAACGGACCUCGAUUGUGAGCGUGUGCUGCGCAUUUUCCAAACACUUGCAAUUUUGGAAGUCUUCCAUGCCUUGUUGAGACUAGUGAGAUCUACACCGUUUACAACCGCCAUUCAAAUUGCUUCACGAAUUUUCGUCUUGUGGGGCGUGUUAUACUUAUAUCCUGAGCAUGCAUAUGUGAAUAAAAUGAUGCUUGUUUCGUGGUGUUUCGCUGAUGCCACUCGAUAUCUUUAUUAUUUUGUCAACAUAUUCAUUGAAACGCCAGGGCUGCUAACAUUCUUAAGGUACAACUUGUUUUUGGUUCUCUACCCAACCGGUAUAAUGGGUGAAAUCUCCAAUAUCUUUUAUUCACUGCCUCACGCUGCUCAUCGGCCAUGGAUUGGCAUUACUAUGCCAAAUUCUCUUAACUUUGGAUUUAGUACGUUUGGGGUUUAUUGCGUCUUAUUGGUGCUGUAUAUACCAGGUAUGCCUUUAGUUAUGCUCACACUUUCUAGAAAACAUAUUCUGUAUACACAUCGAACCUCACGGCGUUCAAGUUAA